GAAAAUGUCGUGAAAUCAAAAAGCUCUGAAAUUAGAGAGAGUUCAUAAUGAUAAUACUACUAAUAAUAAUAAUAACAACGUCCCUGUUUCUUCUCUGCAGAGAAACGUCUGUUCUUUGGGACAAAGGGGGAAAUCGUGGCCUUUAAAAGCUCUGAAAUUAAAGAGACGGUUCACAUAAUAAUAAUAAUAAUAAUAAUAAUUUUAUUUGGAUGGAUCGAGGCGGCUUACAAUAUGAGUAAAAACAGCUCGUAAAAGAGAGCUCUUGUAGCCCCUUUGAGACGAAGCGAAGGAAAGAAAGAAGGGAAACCCGGCUCUCCUGCUCCGGAAGAUGGCGGCGCCCGCCGCGGGAGGGAGGGAGGGAGGGAGGUCCGUGCAGCGGAGCGCAGAGAAGAGGGCGCAUGCCUUGCUGGCGGACAGGGAGGGAGGGAGGGAGGGCCGGCUCAGGGCCCAGGAAGGAGGGAUCUUCAUGUUGGGGGAGCUGGUGGCUGGAGGGGCAGAGGGGCUUGUCCUCGUCCAAGACUCAGUCAGCUGCGAAGGCCGAACCUUGCUCAAGAGCUUCGUGGCAGCCUCAGCGCACAGGGGGGAAUAUGUUCACGUGCUUAGCUUCGAUGUCCCAGAGGAAGAAUUCAAGGCUGGAUUCACUGCUGAGGUAGCCUCCUGGAUAUCAGUCCAUGAUGGAUUCCGGGAUCCCCUUGGCUGGUCUGGAAUAGGAAGCGGCUUAACUGCGGAAGAAUUCUUGGCACCGCAGUUGGCAGUGCGCCUGGCUCAGACGGCGCAGGGACCUGCCACGGUGGUACUGGAUUCGCUCAGCUGGCUGCUUCUCCGCCUGCCAUUUCCCAGCAUCUGCCAGGUUCUGGCCCAGCUGCCCAAGAAAGCAAAUACUGCUGGUUUGAAGAUCCGCACACUUGUGGCCCUUCUUCAUGGGGACUUACAUCAGCCCGGACAGUUGAAAACCCUGCAUGCCUUGGCCCGUGUUGUGGUGACACUGAAGCAACACUCAAGUCCCUCCUGCAGAAGACGGUGUCCCCGAGUUGCUGUGACAUUUCACAGGAAGAGGAACAAAGUGACCCAGAAGAAAGAAUACUUCACAGUCCUCUCAGGCUUUGCCCUGCAACACCUUGAUGAGCCAUCCCCAGCUGGCAUUUCUGGAGAAGAUCUGGAGAGGAUAAAAGUCUCUUCUACGGCUGACCCGACAGCCAACUUAACCUUUAACCUGCGCCUCUCUGCAGCUGAGCGCCGGGCAAAAGAAUCAGUGCCUCUCCCAUAUCAGUUCAGUGAGGAGAAGAAAUCAUCUCUGCUACAGGUGCCAACCAGCCAGGGCAAGAUCUACUAUGAGCCUGACGCAGCGGAUGACAUAGACGAUGAGGAUCCAGACGAUGACUUGGAUAUAUGAAACACACAAACUGGGAAAUGAAACUGUCAGCCAUGGAAGGCCCAUCCGGGUUGGUCUUGCAGACAAGAUUCUGCAUAAAGGACAGAACUAGGCCCUUUCCAUUGCCUUCCUCCAAGGUUUCUAUCUUGAUGGCCUUUGUUGGCAACUCCCAGCAGCGCCUUUGCUUUGGGUGGACCUUCUCUGAGGAGAGAUGCUAGAUUGGCUGGAAACAGAGCCACAGAGUCAGAUUGAAAUGAAUGCUGCCCAGAGAAAGACCAAGACCUGAGCUGCUGUUGCUUAUUAGAGGUAAUUUGUGCUCUCUCGAGGGAGAUCCAUAAUUCAACUCAUAUAAAGUUGGUUUUACACAUGCUUUACCCAUUAAGGGUAAGUUACAACUGGUGGGGUGAAGGAGAGGGGAGGUUUAGCAUACGGAGUUAUUUGAGGAAAGUAUGGUUUUGAAGCAAAACAAAUAAACAACUCUACAGUUCAGAAACCAGCA